AUGGUCAAAGAUCCUUCCCGCUUCGCUCUGGAGAUCUUGACUCUCAUCGCCAUGCUUACCAAUGUUGAAGACCUCCCAAGUUUCCGUCUGGUCUGUAGGGCUUUUCAUGAUGUUGCAACCAGAUGGUUUGGAGAAGCAUUCUUUACUGAGCGCGCACACGUCCUCUCGCACAUCAGCAUGGCUGAACUACUGCUGAUGUCCAGCAACUCGAAAGUCGGUCCGUAUAUACGACAGUUAGGCUUCAACAGCAUUCUGCUUCCUCUGCCCUCGUUCAUCCGCGCUCAUGAAACAGGCUUGAAUGGACGAGCCUUAGUCUCCAGAGCAGCCGCUCGUCAUGAGCAGUUUGUGUGCCUUGAGAGCGGUAUCUUCGAGCAACAGCUUAUGCUUGUGUUGCACAAUUUCAAGAUCUGGGGCAGCCAUCCUAUUUAG